AUGCAAGCAGCUGCUGCAGCCGCUGCUGCAGCAGGUGCUGCUGGGCCAGCAGCAGCAGCAGCACAAGCAGCCGCAGACGUGGCAGAAGCAGAAGCAGCAGCAGUGGGGGCAGCAACGGCAGCAGCAGUUGCUGCUGCUGCAGCAGAAGUUGCCCAAGCAGAAGCAGCCGCUGCUGCUGCUGCAGAAGCUGCAGCAGCAGCCGACUUGGAAGCCGCAGAAGCAGCAAUUGCUGCUGCAGCAGAACGAUUUGCUGCAGCAGAAGGAGGUGCUGCAGCAGCAGCAGCCAGGGCAUCAGCCGCAGAGGCGCUGGUUACGAGAGCAGCAGCAGAGAGGGAGGCAGCAGCAGCUGCUGCUGCUGCCCUAGCAGCAGCAGCAGAAGCUGCAGCAGCAGAAGCCGUAGCAGCAGGCCAAGCAGCAGCGGAAGCGCAUGCAGAUGAAGUGGCAGCAGCUAAAGCAGCAGCAGCUGAAGCAGCAGCAGCCUCUGCAGUGGCUGGCGAC